CCCCCCCCCCCCCCCCACACACACACACAUACACAGCCAGCAUGACCAUGCAUGUGUGGUGUCAGUCGAUCACGUGUAGAGUCCUUCCCAUAAAACAAACGAACAAACGAGCAGUGAGUCAGUCAGACGGUCCAUUUCAUUACACACGUGUGCAUUGAAUGCAUGUCCCUUCCUGUACAGACAGACAGACAGACAGGCAGACAGACAGACAGACAGUCAGGCAGGCAGGGCUGCCGGUGGUGUGGUGUAGAGGACUGCCAGCCAUGAGUGACCCUCCACCAUGUCAGACAACACGUACCCGCCACACACACACAGCCAUGGACAUGACACCUGUCCGCCCACCAGUCAGUCAGUCAGUCCGCCAACCCAUCCAGGCAAAAUCGCAUGCAGACACAUCACAUCACAUAAACCACACACCAUCACCGUCACCAGCACAUUCACGCAUGUGUCCGUCCGUCCGUCCACCCCCUGCCCCCAUCCCCUACACACACACAAACAAGAUGAAACUAGGUGAGGCACCCGUCCGUCUACGGCAACAGGUAGGCAGGCCGGCAGUGAGGCAAGAGCGAGUCAGAGUGAGAGAGACUGAGUGAGAGAGACUGAGAUGGAGGUAUCUAGUCUAGUCGACUUCCUCCACAGUGGGUCCGCCAGCAGCACCGCCGCCCGCGGCGCCCUCUGCCCCCGCCCCGGGGAAUCCCGCGCCGCCCGCGCCGGGCAUGCCGCCAGCGCCGCCCGACUGGUAGAUCUUCAUCAUGAUUGGGUUGCACACGCCCUCAAUCUCCUUGGUCUUAGCCUCGAACUCCUCCUUCUCCGCCAGCUGAUUCCGGUCAAGCCAAUCCAGCGUCUCCUGCAGACCACACACACACACACACACACGCAGAGAGAGAGAGAGAGAGAUGAUUGUGGGUGUGGGGAGAGAGGGGGUGGGUGUAGGCACCUUGAUUUUGUCCUCGACGGCUUUCUUGUCGGCUUCGUCGAUCUUUUCCUGGAUCUUCUCCUCCUGCAUGGUGUUGCGCAUGGUGAAGCAGUAGUUUUCGAGGGCGUUCUUGGCCUCGACGCGCUGCCUGUUGGUCUCGUCCUCGCUCUUGUACUUCUCGGCCUCCUGAACCAUACGGUCGAUCUCAGCCUGACACACCACACACAAUGACGACACACACAGCGACACACAACACACACAGAGAAUCAGCAUGCAGCCAUGUUUGUGUCCUUCCCCCCUCCCCCCCCCUCUCUCUCUGUGUGUGUGUGUAUUGCGUACCUGUGAGAGUCGUCCCUUGUCGUUGGUGAUGGUGAUCUGGUUGGACUUGCCGGUGGACUUGUCCUGUGCGGAGACCUGGAGGAUGCCGUUGGCGUCGAUGUCAAAGGUCACCUCGAUCUGCGGCACGCCGCGGGGGGCCGGUGGGAUGCCGUCCAGGUGGAACUUGCCCAGCAGGUUGUUGUCCUUGGUCAUCGCACGCUCACCCUCGUAAACCUGCGCACACACACGACACACAACACACAGCACACAGCAUCAUGAGCACACGAGUCCAUGCACUGUGUGUGUGUGUGUGUGUGUGACAGUACCUGAAUGAGCACCCCCGGCUGGUUGUCGGCGUAUGUGGUGAAGGUCUGCGUCUUCUUGGUGGGGAUGGUGGUGUUGCGCUCGAUGAGCUUGGUCAUGACGCCGCCGGCGGUCUCCAGGCCGAGUGACAGGGGCGUCACAUCGAGCAGCAGCAGGUCCUGGACCCCGCUGGACUGCUCGCCCGAGAGGAUGGCGGCCUGCACCGCCGCACCGUACGCCACCGCCUCGUCGGGGUUGAUCGAGCGGCACGGCUCCUUGCCGUUGAAGAACUCCUGGUAGACACACAACAGACAGACAGGCAGACAGACAGACAUGAGCGUGUGUCGUGUGUGUGUGGUGUGGUGUGUGGCCAACGUACCGUGAUGAGCGACUGGAUCUUGGGGAUGCGUGUGGAUCCGCCGACGAGGACGACCUCGUGGACGGACCGCUUGUCGAUGCCGCUGUCCUUGAGCACCUUCUCCACCGGCUGCAGCGUGCCGCGGAAGUAGUCCAUGCACAGCUCCUCGAAUCGCGCCCGCGAGACGGUCACCGAGUAGUCAAUACCCUGACAGACCAAGGGAUACACACACCACACACACACAGACACACACCCAAACAGGUCAGCGAGGUGUUGGUGUGGGUGUGUGUGGGCGGGCGGGGUGCGUACCUCAAAGAGCGAGUCGAUCUCGAUGGUGGCCUGUGUGGAGGAGGAGAGUGUGCGCUUGGCCCUCUCGCACUGGGUGCGGAGGCGCCUGAGUGCGCGGCUGUUGGUAGUGAGGUCCUUGCCCCUGUUCUUGCGCUUGAAGUCCUGCACGCAGAAGUCCACCAUGCGGUUGUCGAAGUCCUCGCCGCCCAAGUGGGUGUCGCCCGCCGUCGCCUUGACCUCGAAGAUGCCGUCCUCGAUGGUCAGCAGAGACACAUCGAACGUCCCGCCGCCCAGGUCGAAGAUGAGCACGUUGCGCUCGCCGCCGCCCUUUUUGUCGAGGCCGUAGGCGAUGGCCGCGGCGGUGGGCUCGUUGAUGAUGCGCAUGACGUUCAUGCCGCUGAUGGUGCCGGCGUCCUUGGUGGCCUGCCGCUGGCUGUCGUUGAAGUAGGCGGGCACAGUGAUGACGGCGUUCUUGACGGUCUUGCCGAGGUAGGCCUCGGCGGUCUCCUUCAUCUUGGUCAGCACCAUGGCCGAGACCUCCUCGGCGUGGAACUUCUUGACCUCGCCCUGGUACUCCACCUCAAUGACGGGCUUGUCGCCCUGCCCCUUGGUGACCUUGAAGGGCCAGUGCUUCAUGUCGUCCUUGACGCUCGGGUCGUCGAACUUGCGACCGAUCAGGCGCUUGGCGUCGAAUAUGGUGUUCUCGGGGUUGCGGGCCACCUGGUUCUUGGCCGCAUCGCCGAUCAGACGCUCGGUGUCGGUGAAGGCGACAUAGGAAGGGGUGGUGCGGUUGCCCUGGUCGUUGGCGAUGAUCUCAACCUGCACACACACACACACACAUCACACACAGGGAGACAUGUGUCUCAGACCGUAUGCGGCCACACAUGCAUGUGCACGGGCACCCACUGGCUGGUGUCUCCCCUCCCACACGCAUCCCGCUCCCUCUCCCCGCCUCCACAGGCCUCUCUCCCACCCCUCCCUGCUCACCGUGUCGUUCUUCCACACCCCGACACACGAGUAGGUCGUGCCCAGAUCAAUACCGAUUGCAGGUCCUGACCAGCGCACAGGCAGACACCCGGCCGUGUCGUAUGGGCACUCGCGCAGCCUCCUGCUCGAGCUCGGCUUACCUUCAGCCAUCGUCGCUUCGCUUCGCUGCUACAGACAGAGGGAUGUGAAUGUGCGAUGUCACGAGAGAUGAGUCUUCUCG